UUCGGGCUACGUUCACACAUUGCAUCCACGAUGCAUCUGACACUACACCAACACGCAAGUUAGUGCCAUUUUCAAAAUCAGAGUGCAUAGUGUUGUGGGUACUAGCUUCACGCUGCCCUCAAAGUGAAAAUGCUUACUUGCAUUUCAGUGCAGUUUCAGCCCCGGCAUAUGAAGACGGCCUCACCUUUGUGGUGUCCUGCACUGCCCACGUGUGGAGCCCUGCCUGAUUGUACUGUACAUGACUAGCAUCAACAGUGUGACGCACAGGUUUGCCGCUCUAAUAAAAGCCCGUGGGUCUGUCUGACCUGCUCCAGUGUCCACUGUGGACGAUAUGUCAAUGGCCAUGCAAAGAAACAUUACGAGGAAGCGCAAACACCACUCCUCAACCACAAGCCACACGAAAAGGUAGAGAAAGAGAAAACCCAGCACACCGUGUGUAUGGACUGCAGCAGCUACAGCACAUAUUGUUAUCGCUGUGAUGACUUUGUAGUUAACGACACAAAGUUGUGUUUGGUGCAGAAAGUUCGGGAACACUUGCAAAAUUUGGAAAACUCUGCUUUUACAGUAGAAAGACACAGAAAGAGGAAGUUCUCAGAUAACACUUCACUGAAUAAGAAAGUGCUGAAAAUAAAUGGAAGUACCUCUGCAAUUUGUGCCACUGGAUUACGAAAUUUGGGGAAUACCUGUUUCAUGAAUGCAAUACUUCAGUCACUCAGCAACAUUCAACAGUUUAGCUGCUAUUUCAAAGAAUUGCCAGCAGUAGAACUUCGUAACGGGAAAACAGCUGGUCGCCGGAUUUACCACACAAGGAGUCAAGGGGAAGUUAAUGUGUCAUUGGUUGAAGAGUUUAGAAAGACUUUGUGUGCAUUGUGGCUGGGUACUCAAACAGCAUUCAGUCCAGAAUCCCUAUUCUAUGUAGUAUGGAAAAUCAUGCCAAGCUUCAGGGGCUACCAGCAGCAAGAUGCCCAUGAGUUCAUGCGGUAUUUAUUGGACCAUUUGCAUCUAGAACUUCAGGGAGACUCUGAUGGCUCUAGUCAAUCAAUCAUGUCACAGGAAACCUCCAACCGAUCCUCAAGCAGCAAGUGUUGUAUCAAUGGAGCAAACACAGUGGUAACCUCUGUAUUUGGGGGCGUUCUGCAGAAUGAAGUCAACUGCCUAAUUUGUGGAACAGAAUCUAGGAAAUUUGACCCAUUUCUAGAUCUCUCCUUAGACAUUCCCAGUCAAUUCCGUAACAAACGUAAGAACCAAGAAAAUGGACCAACCUGCAGUCUCAAAGACUGUCUUCGCAGCUUCACAGACCUUGAAGAAUUGGAUGAGACUGAGCUCUACAUGUGCUUAAAAUGUAAAAAGAAACAGAAAUCCACCAAAAAAUUUUGGAUCCAGAAACUACCAAAGGUGCUUUGCUUGCAUUUGAAAAGAUUUCAUUGGACUGCAUACCUUAGGAACAAGGUGGACACAUACGUAGAGUUUCCACUACAAGGAUUGGACAUGAAGUGCUUUUUAUUGGAGCCAGAAAAUAUGGGCCCAGAAAGUUGCCUUUAUGAUCUAGCAGCUGUUGUUGUUCAUCAUGGUUCAGGUGUUGGCUCUGGUCACUACACGGCCUAUGCAACCCAUGAAGGACGCUGGUUUCAUUUCAACGACGGUACAGUGAUCCUAACGGAAGAGGAGACUGUGAUGAAAGCAAAAGCCUACAUUUUGUUCUAUGUGGAGCGUCCAGUCCCGGCCUCUCCAGAAAAACUUUGAAUACCUCUUUUCAUUCCCUGAAACUUCACAUAUGCCCAUCCCUCCACUAAUACUUGAUUUGGAGAAAAAAAAAAAUGUUUUCAUUCAUGCACUUUCACAGCUCUUUGUCUGGCUGUCAUUGAUGGAAUAAGUUGUACUGACAGAACUUGAUCGCCCCCUAUGCUGCCAAAGAGGCCUGCAGUUCUCGCGUUACAAUGUAGAUGUCCUCAAAAACUGUGAUGUAAGAUGCAAUCACUAUAUGCACCGACAUUUCAGUUAGGUAAAAAAAAAAAAAAAACGUUCUUUUUUUAAUCACAUAAAAUCUUGUAGAUGUUUGAGUAGUAAAUUCGUCCAAAUCUUAGCUGUCCUUAGCAAGGCCCCAGAAGUUUCUUCUUUGGGGAAAAAAAUUUACAUAGAUACGUAAACUUUUUAAAAUGACUUUUAAUAAAUAGCUGGUAACCCUACAUUUAAAGUUUACAGAGGACUUGUCACCUCUCCUAUAUGGCUGUUUUAGGUAAUAAUUGGAUACACCGUGAAAUAUCAAUUUGAAGCAUCUUUUCUAAGAACUUUUCAUUGUGCCGUUCUAGAAAUUUAUGACUGAAUUGACAACUGGGUGUUACUAUCUGGAGGUGUCUAUCAGUCUGACAUUGUCCCAUCCGUGCUGACAGUGUGAGAUUGAUGAGAAAUUGUAAUACCCAGCUGGCAAUUUUUUAUGUAUUUGGGAUGAAUAAUAGGAACAGCACAAGAAUUAGGUGCUCCAGACUUCUUCUUUCAUGAGAUAUACAAGUAUUUACUGAAAUAAAUACUUGUAUAUACAACGUACUAUAUGAUUAGCUUGUUAGCUUUUCUCCUGCUGACUCGAACUCUUAGGCUACAUUCACACGUCAGUAUUUUUCUAUAUCCCGAAUUUCGGUCCGUUGUUCCUGAAAAUGUUUCCGUAUCCGCAAAAAACGGAAACAUGUAUAAAUUUCACAAAGC